AUGGCUACAAUAUUAAGCAAAUACAUAACGAAGCUUGAUGAACGCGAAAAUAUAAGACGACUUCUUCUUUAUUGUGACUGCUGUCCCGGUCAAAAUCGGAACAAGAUAGUUCUUGCAAUGCUGAACGAGACUCUGCAACGAUGCAGAACUCUUGAAUCUAUUCAAAUAAAUUUCUUACUUACCGGCCAUACCUACAUGACAGUUGAUUCGGUACAUGCGACUAUUGAAAAUCAGGUUAAAAAUACCACUAUCUGGGCUCCUUCCCAGUGGUAUACGGUAUUCCAAACAGCAAGACAAAAUCCAAAGCCCUUUCAUGUUGAGCAGUUAACUCACAAAGAUUUUAAGAGAUGGGACCUACUCGCAGAUAAGUAUUUCGUGGGAAAUCUUGUGGGUAAAAUAAGUAGAAUACGAGUCGCAACUUUCAAAAAGAAUCGUAUAUCAGCAACGGUUAAAUGCUCUAUGAAUCCGGAAGCACCCGUGUCCUGUAUUGAAAUCGCCUCCAAAACAAAGUUUCUUGACUUACCGAACUGCUAUCUUACACCCCUACCAAUUACUGAAAAUAAACACAAAGAUUUAUUAAAGCUUUGCUCAGACCAAGUUAUACCCCAACAAUUUCAGGCAGAGUACUUAGCUUUAACUUACAACAAAAAGGUGAAAGAUACUUUACCCGAUACUGACAUCGAAGAUAAUGUUGACCAGUAG